AUGGCAACAUCGGAAUACAAACUCCUCAUGGUGGCCAUGUUGUCAAUGGUGACCAUUAGCAAUUUCACGACAGGUAGUGAUGCCGACUUCGUCGUUCACCUCCAAGGCACAAAACAGCUGCGGAAAACGCGACGCCGAUGGAAGGUUAUCAGCAGAGCCACGCGGCAACUGAACGAGAUUAGCGACUUUCUAUACCUCCUCACUCGCACGGUCUCAUUCUCCUUUACACCAGGACCGUGGCCAUCAGAGGGGGCCGAGGAUAUAGACGAACCAAUCGCGUCGCAGGCAGAACCCGACAGCUGCUUCGGAUACAUGUACGGGAUCACACCCGCCAUCGCUGUGGAUAUCGAGGAGACCUGCCGACUGGCGGAGUAUCUCCUCUGGUACGAAGGCACUGAAGAGCCCAUCCCAGAGGGAUUGCUCGAGGUCUGCGAGAGCCUUGGCGAUCGGCUAUGCAACUGGUCUCUAGGCCUCGAAGACGUCCACCAAGCAAUGAACCAGGAUGCCGAGACCCUGAAAAUCUUUCAACACCACGCGAAUGCCUGGCAUCUGGCUGCGGUCAUUUACUACCACCGACGCAUCCAAAAGUGCCACAGCGAAAACCACCAGCAGCUCCUCGCCGAAAUUGCCGAACACAUGCACGCCGUCGAGGACAUCAAGACGCGGUCGAAAUCCACAAAGACCAACUUCAUGGCACCCAUAACGUGGCCUGCCUUUGUAGCCUCGUGCGACGCCAGCGAUCGCGGACCGUGGGAGCACUGGUGGGAGAGGAUCAAGUGCUACCGGGUUGCCAACAGCCGGACGCAGUGGAAGGUGGUUCAGCGUUUAUGGGAAAGACGGGAUGAACUAGAGCAAGCGGGCGUUGAUACGUUUGAUUGGAUCCAGGCGUUUAAAGACUUUGGGAUUGCGUUGUUUCCAAUCUGA